UAACCCGUUUAUACCACUCCUUAAAAAAUUCACCGACUUUGAUUUGCUACCUCUGUGGAAAUUCUAAUCGGGAUACCACCGCAGCUAACGCAGUAAAUAUUCGGGGCAAUACGCCACUAAUGAGAUUUUGGCAAUAUUCCCGGAAACCUACCCACUAAUCGGCCAACCGCUUCUCGGAAGAUGCGCGGAACCGACCUAGAACAUUCGGUCGAUUAGCAAGACCCGAAUCUGUACCUGAAGGCGAGGGUCAUAUAACGUGGUCAACCGAGCCGUACCUUUCGUUUUCCAUUCUUCAUUUCCGCUCGUCAUUUUCUUCAUCUCCUUUCGAGUUUCGACCUCAGUCCUCGACGAAACAAGAUGGCUCAACCGUCGCGCCUCUUCCAACCGCUGAAAGUGGGAAAUGUAACCCUCCAGCAUCGCCUGAUAAUGGCGCCCUUGACACGUUUUCGCGCCAACGUGGAGCACGUACCUCUCCCGUUCGUGAAGGAAUACUACGAGCAGCGCGCCUCGGUACCGGGGACUCUGCUCAUUACCGAGGGAACCUUCAUCACGAGGCGAGCAGGGGGGUAUCUCAACGUCCCGGGGAUUUGGUCCGAAGAGCAGAUAGCAGCGUGGAAGGAGGUCACGGACGCUGUCCACGCCAAGGGCUCUUACAUAUACGUACAACUCUGGGCGUUGGGCCGCGCUGCUAAGCCGGAGGUGCUCGAGGCCGGCGGCGCCGAUGUUAUUUCCGCCAGCGCCAUACCGUAUGAGGAAGGCCAGCCGGUCCCGAGAGAACUAACGAUCGACGAGAUCCGGUCGUUCGUAGCCGAUUACGCGCAGGCGGCUCGUAACGCGGUCGAGGCGGGCUUUGACGGUGUCGAGAUCCACGGGGCCAACGGAUAUCUGAUCGACCAGUUCAUCCAGGAUGUGUCUAAUCACCGGCGGGACCGGUACGGCGGUAGCAUCGAAAAUCGCGCCCGCUUCGCAGUCGAGGUCGCUAGCGCCGUCGUGGAUGCUAUCGGUGCUGAAAAGGUUGGGCUUCGUAUAUCCCCUUGGUCUACGUUCCAAGGGAUGCGUAUGGAGGACCCGAUUCCGCAAUUCACAUACGUAAUCCAGGAGCUGAAGAAGCUAAAGCUGGCGUAUCUGCACGUCGUCCAAUCGUCGACCAUCGACGAGAACGCAAACCUAGAAGCUACCGAGAAGGUUGCGUUUGCAAUCGACGCGUGGGACAAUACGUCCCCUGUCCUCGUCGCGGGUGGCCUCCGAUCGGAUAUUGCGAAGAGGAUAGUAGACGAGCGGUUCAAGGAUAAAGAAGUCGCCGUAGUAUUUGGCAGGUAUUUCAUCUCUACUCCGGACUUGCCGUUUCGGAUAAAGAAGGGUCUGCCCUUGGCCCCUUAUAACCGCGGUACCUUUUACAUCCCAGAAAGCAGAGAGGGCUAUACAGACUAUCCUUUCAGCGACGAGUUUAUCAAAGCGUCAGUCUAGGUGAUGAUAGCCUAGGAGAAAGCUUGAACCGGGUUAAUAUGCGAGGUUUCGCGACCUGAGGCUUCAGCCAAGCUGUAGGUAAUACGGACUACCGAACGAAACAUCCUAUCUUAUCUACGGAGAGUUAUAAGUUUAGCUUGAGGUUCGACUGUUCCGGAUAUGCGAGAUGAAGGAUAUAGACCACGCCAUAAACGUAACAUUAGCUACGCGAAGGCCAUGAGCGGGAGUGUUAGGAGGCUAAAGAGAUUAGAUUUAGAUCAAACCCUACAGUCUAGUAUAAAUAAGAUCGACUAUCGACUACUUGUUGUAAA